AUGAUGGAGAUUCGUAAAGCUGGUUUUUGUCUUUUUAUUAUUUUUUCCAUCGUCUACACUUCGUUUGCUUCUGUAACAUGCGAUGCAACUCAUCAAAACGAUGACAUAGAGAGACUUGAUGUUCGCAUUGGAUUGGUGGUAGACAUGAAUUCUAUGGAAGGACAGUUUGCGACAAGUUCGAUUUCCUUGGCCCUCUCUGAUUUCUAUCAGCUCAACAAUUGCUAUAGAACAAGAGUCUCUGUCAUACCCAGAGACUCUCAUGGUGAACCUCUUCAAGCUCUGGCUGCAGCUACAGAUCUCCUGCAAACUGAACAAGUGGAAGCACUUAUUGGUGGGCAAUCAUUGCUCGAAGCAAAAAAUUUGGCAGAGCUUGGGGAGAAAUCUAAAGUUCCAGUGAUUUCUUUCCAAGUGCCUCGCUCGUCGACUUUUACCAAAUAUAGUUACUUUAUACAAGCUACGCAUGAUACCGCCUCAGAAGCAAAGGGAAUUACUGCUUUAUUCCGAAGUUUUGUUUGGAGAAGUGUUAUUCUUAUCUAUGAAGAUGAUGAGGACUGGAGAGAGAGUAUGAAACCUUUGGUUAGAAGUUUCCAACGGAACGCAAUUCGCAUUAAAUACAAGGCUGGUUUUUCGGCUUCACCCAGCGAGGAAUAUAUCAUGAAGCAGCUAAGGAAGUUUAAGGACUCAAAGGUAACUAUUUUUGUUGCACACAUUUCUGAACGCAUUGCAAAUCGUCUCUUUCCAUGUGCUCAGAGGUUAGGAAUGAUGGAGGAAGGGCAUGCAUGGAUCCUUACAGCGAGAAGCAUGAAUAGUUUUCAGUACACAAACUAUUUAGCAAAAGAGGCAAUGGAAGGUGUGAUUGGUUUCAAGUCUUAUGUUCUAUUGACUGAGGAGCUUCACAACUUUACUUUGAGAUGGAGGAAAUCUUUGCUACUCGAAGAAGAAGUUACAAGGAUGAGCAUUUGUAGCAUUUGGGCUCAUGAUAUGGCUUGGAGUCUUGCAAGAGCAGCGGAAAUAACAAGGCGGCCAAAUUUGCUUGUCCAUGAUCUACUUGGUGCAAUUCUUGAGAGUUCCAAGCUUAAAGGCUUGAGUGGUGAGAUCAAAUACGUCGACAAAAAGUUAGUCUCAGACAAGUUUGAGAUCGUGAAUAUGAUAGGAAGAGGUGAGAGAAGUGUAGGACUCUGGAAUUCUGGUAGUUUCAUCAACAAUAACAGAAGAAGACAUUUGUCUUCUAUCAACGCAUUGGAGACAAUCAUCUGGCCUGGAGGAUCCACUAGAAUUCCGAAGGCUCGUUCGUUGAAAGAGAAGAGACAUGGUAAAAAGAAGAAGCUGAGAGUUUUGGUGCCAACAGGAAACAUAAGUCCGCAACUCCUGGAAGUGAAAACAGAUUCUAAAAAUGGAGUCACAACUGCUAGAGGAUACUGUAUUCAAGUUUUUGAGACUGCAAUUCGACAUAUCAAUUAUGAAGUGGAGUACAUACCUUGGUCUGGUGCAACUAAUUACAAUAGCUACAAUGAUCUUGUGUACGAUUUUUAUAGCCAGAAAGACAAGUACGACGCACUUGUUGGGGAUAUCACGAUUACUGAUAACAGAUCUUUAUAUGUAGAUUUUACAUUACCCUUCACUGAUAUGGGUCUCGCAGUUGUGGCUGCCAAAGACAAAAGCAUGUGGAUUAUCUUUAAGCCUUUGACACUCGGUCUUUGGCUAACAAUUGCAACUUUCUUUAUCUUGACGGGAGCUAUAGUUUGGUUGAUAGAGCGGCAUGAUAACGCAAACUUCCAAGGAUCUUCUUUCCACCAGAUUGGAACACUGCUAUGUUUCGGUUUCUCGACCCUUGUCUUUGCUCAUAGGGAGAAGCUGAAACAUAAUUUGUCAAAAUUUGUGGUUAUUGUUUGGGUAUUUGCAGUGCUUAUAUUGACUUCAAAUUACACUGCAACAUUGACAUCAGUGAUGACGGUUCAACAGAUACGGUUGAAAUCAGCAGAAAACAUUGGCUUCUUUUCUGACUCUAUUGCAGCAAAGGUGGUUUAUGAUAAUCCUGCAUUCCAAGGACCGAGAUACAAAGGAUUGAAGACAUAUGAUGAUUAUUUUGAUGUUUUAAAGAAUGGAACUAUCUCGUUUAUUGUCGAAGAAGUUCCAUACGUAAAGCUCUUUGUUGCAAAAUACCCUUCAGACGCAUACAUUGUCAAGACCGAAAGCGUCACCAACGGCUUUGGAUUUGCCUUCCAUAAAGGUUCUCGUUUGGUUCAAAAGGUGUCAAGAGAAAUUGCAAUGCUAAGGAGAACAGAGAGGCUGCAAGCCAUGGAGAAUUGGUGGUUCCAAAGACAGACGGCGUCAGUCACAAGCGAGGAUACGUCCGAUCCUCUUACCGUUUACAAGUUUCGUGGUUUGUUUAUGAUCACAGGAGUUUCUUUUGCGUUUGCUCUCAUUGUUUAUCUUAUCCCUUGGAACCGAGACCAAAGGCAAGUCGUGCUUAAAGGCUUGCGCCGUUGUGUUCACCAUCGAUUCGGAAGAGUAAUCCAUCCUUUGCCCACAACAUCUAGCAGCCAAAUUGAGAAUGUAAUCCAUGAUUAA